ACUAGAACAGGACAUCUUCGCAAGUGUCACUGACAAUAUGGCGCAUGCUUUAAAUAGUCGCUGUUCAAGAGUAAUAGCUGUUUACGUGAACUUUUCGGGAAAUAUUGGAACAAAUUACGCUUUACAUACAUCUGUUGAACGUCGAUCCGACUUGUCCACAGGAGAAGGUAAGAAAACCGUGACAAGUUAUGUGGAUGGCUUGUCUAAAGAUCUUCAAUUCGAUGAUUAUCAGAAGGCGUUCCAGUCAAAGUCACGUUGGGAGUUGGCCCGCUCCAUCGCCAUUAUCAAGAUGUGUACCAACAAUAAGCUAGUGGAUAACAGCCUCAUGUUGAUGAACACUGGCCGGAAGGUUCUUGGCGACAAAUUAUUUGAUCGUUUGGCGAAACCUACGGUCUAUGGUCAGUUUGUGGGCGGAGACACUCCAGAAUCUCUACUUCAGACAGUGGUCAGGAUGAGAGAGAUGGGAGUCGGACCUUUAGUGGCCGUCGCCAUGGAGGAAGACACGACAGAUGAUAACAGGGAAGCUGAUCAGAAGUAUGACCGGAACUUGGCAACCACUUUACAAUGCCUGGAAGUUGUUUCCGGCCUUAAAGAUCCCCACCCCAUGAUGCAAACAAAGUUGACGGCCAUGUUUCCGGCAAAACUUUGUGAGACAAUAUCACAACAUGUUCCAUAUCCUUCCCGAACCGGACACGUGGUGACGAUUGUAGCUAAUGGCAUUAAAAGCGGAGAACAGAUCAAUUUCGACUUCUUGUCUGAGGAGGAAACAGCCGAACUGAACAGGGGCUUGUCAAGGAUAAAACAAUUCUGUGAGGCUGCUGUGUCAAAUGGAGUAAUUGUUAUGGUAGACGCUGAAUACACAUACCUUAAUCCAGCUUUAAACCUCCUCACAUUGGCCAUGAUGUUGGUCUGUAACGGACAAAAGACGCUGGUGUUUUACACAUACCAAAAUUACCUCAAGGGGAUGACCGAAUACCUAAAGAAAGACAUGUCCUUUAUCCAUGACCAUGGUGUUGGAUUCGGCACCAAACUCGUCCGAGGAGCUUACAUAGAUAAGGAGAGACUACUGGCACAAACUAAAGGUUAUCCGGAUCCUACUAAUCCAUCUUAUCGGGACACAUCGGACACGUACCAUAACUCUAUGAAUACGAUGCUGGAAGGUAUCGCCCGGAACCCUGAUAAAUGUUCUGCAAUCAUUGCCAGUCAUAAUGAAGAUACUGUUGCUAAAGCAGUCAAGAGAAUUGUGGAAUUGAAGAUAGACCCAAAAUGUGGAUCUAUAUUCUUCGGCCAAUCGUAUGGGAUGAGUGAUCACGUGACAAACACUCUUAGUGAGAUGAAGAUGCCAGUUUAUAAGUCAAUUCCGUACGGAUCUGUCGAGGAUACUCUCGCCUAUUUGUCACGGAGAGCCAUGGAGAACCGAUCUGUACUGAAGAGGGCACAAAGGGAGAAAACUCUCAUGUGGAAGGCCUUGAAGUCGCGCCGAUAAAGUGUUAUGAAUUCGACAUCGUGUUUUGCCCUAUGAAACUGUUUGAAAAUCAAAUGUUAACUUCACGGUUGUCUAUUUGCGUUACAGUAUGUAGUUUGUUUCGAUCAGAGACAUAUUUACACAGUAUUCCACGUCUUUCCGGAGGCCUGUAAAACUUCCACUGUCUACCAGCUGCCUCUAAUUGGAAUCAUUGUAUCAAUUUAAGACUAACAGACAUUUUGCAAUAUACUGUAUAGUUUUACAUUUGUAACUAAACGUAACCUUAAUAGUGUAUAUCGUACAAUCACUGCGCUAGUUCGUAUAUACGUAUAAAGUAUUUGACACUCAAUGGUAAUGGGAUAUGCGUCAUAUAUAGAUACCAAAGGGUUAGGAUAAAAACAUUGAUUUGACACCGUUCUUGUUAUUUUAAAGAUAUCACUUGCUUUACUAAACCAAAAAGUAUUAUUUGAUUUUAUUUGAAACCAAAUGUCGAUUUCUGGAAUAGCGAAUCACGGGAUUGAUAAUGAAACCAACAAUGUGUCAGAUUUUCUCGAGAUCCUGAGUACUACCUAUUAGACUUAUACAUGUACAUGUAUAACCUUUACUGACAAGCAUUUGUCGAAAAUGUAUGUGAUUUCAUUUUGAGUAAUUUCAUUUUCAAAGUCGGUAUCGAUCACGGGAAUCGGACCAUUAUCUUGUCUGGUCCUUAUUUAUCAGCACGUCGGGUGAUGGUCCUUAUUUAUCAUGUCGGGCGAUGGUCCUUAUUUAUCAUGUCGGGCGAUGGUCCUUAUUUAUCAGCACGUCGGGUGAUGGUCCUUAUUUAUCAUGUCGGGCGAUGGUCCUUAUUUAUCAUGUCGGGCGAUGGUCCUUAUUUAUCAGCACGUCGGGCGAUGGUCCUUAUUUAUCAGCACGUCGUCGGCGAUGGUCCUUAUUUAUCAGCACGUCGUCGGCGAUGGUCCUUAUUUAUCAGCACGUCGUCGGGCGAUGGUCCUUAUUUAUCAGCACGUCGUCGGGCGAUGGUCCUUAUUUAUCAGCACGUCGUUGGGCGAUGGUCCUUAUUUAUCAGCACAUCGUCGGCGAUGGUCCUUAUUUAUCAGCACGUCGUUGGGCGAUGGUUCUUAUUUAUCAGCACGUCGUCGGGCGAUGGUCCUUAUUUAUCAGCACGUCGGGCGAUGGUCCUUAUUUAUCAGCACGUCGUCGGGCGAUGGUCCUUAUUUAUCAGCACGUCGGGUGAUGGUCCUUAUUUAUCAGCACGUCGUCGGGCGAUGGUCCUUAUUUAUCAGCACGUUGUCGGGCGAUGCCUUGCCACUAUAUAAAGUACUCGCCAUACGUCGUCGGUGUAUCUUUGGUUCAGUCAUGCAUUAAGUCUCUCAAGGAUGAUUUAAGCAAUGACGCGGUUAACUUAUGAUGUUUGUUAUAAGAAUUAAGCGGCAAUGUCUUCCUAAAACACGAUAACGCAGUAAUUUCAAGAAAGAUGUAAUCAGCAAGAUGUGCAUGUCUAUACCAUUUUCUGGUAAUACAAUCCGUGUAUUUUGCAUCCAGAAAAUGGUAAGGAUUAGGAUCAAGAAAUUAAAACUUCUGUUUUUAUUUUAAACUGCUUAUGAGUUUCAGGAUUGUCGGCUUCGUGGAUUCAAUCCACUCAGAAUUGAUUGAUAACUUCUGUUAACUGUAUACUUAUGAAGUGUUUCGUAAGUCUCCAUAGGUUUGGUGUCAAUCUUACUAAAUGUUGUUCAUUAAGAAAUAUGCUUAUAUUAUGUAUUUCAUGCCAGAUUUAUUUGUGACACUUUUGAUAAAAUAUAUCAGAUUAUAUUACAUUGUAUUGGAUGUCUUGUAUUGUAUCGUAUUGUAUUGAACGGACAUGAUUUAAUAAAUUAACAAUUCUUAA